AUGGACGACAUGAUCGUCAAAUCCCGAGAAGACACUGACCACAUCACGCAUCUCGAACGAGUAUUCGAGCAGGCCAGGUCCUGCAAGAUGCGUUUCAACCCAGAAAAAUGCACCUUCGACGUCCUGGCAGGAAAGUUCCUCGGUUUCUACUUGACCGAAAGAGGAAUAGAAGCCAACCCGGAAAAAUGUCGAGCACUCUCGGAACUCCCGACACCCAACAAUAAGAAGUCAAUCCAAGUCUUAAACAGGAUGCUCACGGCGCUGUCUCGGUUCGUCGCGAAAUCCGCCCAACACGUUCUCCCAUUCUUUAAAUUGCUGCGCAAGGAAGCCACCUUCAAAUGGUCCGAGGAGUGCGAACAAGCACUAUCCCACCUCAAGCAAGUCCUCUCGGAACCGCCCGUCUUGUCCCGACCAGGAAACGAGGAAAUUUUAUACCUCUACCUAGCCGUCUCGAACGAAGCAGUUAGCGCGGCCUUAAUCCGAGAAGCCGAAGACCGGCAGAAGCCCGUAUACUUCACCAACAAGGCCCUGCAAGGACCCGAAGUGCGAUACCAGCAAAUCGAAAAAGUCGCACUGGCACUAUUAUUCGCCGCUCGAAGGUUGAGGUACUACUUCCUCGCCCAUACCAUCAUCGUCCGAACCGAUCAACCAAUCAAACAACUCCUCGGCCGACCGGACAUGGCCGGGAGAAUGCUAAAAUGGUCCCUGGAGCUAUCUGAAUUCGACAUCCAAUACGAGAAAGCUCAGGCACUGGCCGAUUUCGUGGCCGAGAUGGCCUCGAUCACCUCCUCCCCUCCUUCCGCCAAGAAUAAGCGGACCAUCUACGUAGAUGGCGCCUCCAGCAGCUCGGGAAGCGGAGCCGGCGUCAUCUUGGAAAACGAUGAAGGACUCAUCAUUGAGGUAUCCUUGGUUUUAUCCUUCACCACUUCGAACAACCAGGCUGAAUACGAGGCAUUCCUCGCCGGCCUGCGACUUGCUGAGGACGUAGGCGCUUGGGAAGUAAAGAUUUGCACUGACUCCCAACUCAUCGCAUUCCAAGUCAACAGCGACUACCAGGCCAAAAACGAUGUCCUCGUCGAAUACCUCGUACUGGUCAAAGAGAUAAUGAAAAACUUUGCAAAAGCAGAAGUCGAGCACAUACCUCGGGAGCAUAAUUCCCGGGCCGACGUGCUCUCCAAACUCGCGAGCACGAGAAAGAAAGGCGGGAACAAGUCAGUGAUCCAAGAAAUCCUCUCAAAACCAAGUGUGGAUAAGAGUGCACCCCUGAUACAAGUGCACGCCGUCGACGACGAUCAUUGCUGGAUGACCCCGGUAUAUAAUUUCCUCACAAAGGACGAACUUCCGACGGACACAAAGGAGGCCUCCAUAAUCAAAAUACGGGCCUGCUCGUACGUCAUCAUCGAGGACAAACUAUACCGACGAGGAUUUUCCAUUCCUCUUCUCAAAUGCGUCGACGCCUCCCAAGCGCUCGAGAUACUACAGGAACUUCACGAGGGGAUCAACGACCAGCACCUCGGUGGCCGAUCACUGGCAAGAAAGGCUCUCAGAGUCGGAUACUAUUGGCCGACCAUGCAGCAAGACGCCAAAGAACAUGUCCAGAAGUGCGAUAAGUGUCAACGCCACGCCGAUAUGCACCUAGCUCCCCCGCACGAGCUUAAAUCCCUAUCAUCGCCCUGGCCAUUCUCCACUUGGGGAAUGGAUCUCCUCGGACCAUUCCCGGCGAUAAUAACCGACAAUGGCACCCAAUUCACCGAUAGAAAGUUCCAAGAGUUCGUGUCCAAGAUCGGCACCAAGCAGCACUUCACUUCGGUGGAACACCCCCAAACAAACAGACAAGCCGAAGCGGCGAACCGAGUUAUUCUCAGAGGACUGAAACGAAGACUCGGCGAAGCUAAGAGAGCUUGGGUCGAGGAGCUGCACAGCAUACUCAGGGCGUAUAGGACGACACCAUAUUCGAGCACUGGCGAAACCCCAUUUAGAUUAACCUACGGCACCGAAGCCAUCAUCCCCGUGGAAAUUCGAGAACCUUCUCGUCGGACCGAGUCACCUCUCAAAGAAGAACUCGACGACGAAGCUAUGAGGGAAGAACUCGAUAUGGUCGAAGAGAUUCGAACAGGGUCUUCCCUCCGCGAAGCCAAGCUAAAGCAACAGAUAGCUCUGCGCCAUAACACCAAAGUCAUCAAACACGAGUUCGAAGUCGGCGCCCUAGUGCUCCGCAGAAACAUGAAAGACUCACGCGAGGGCAAACUUGUCCCAAACUGA